AGAAAAGUUACAAGAAAAUCUUGGAUCAGAUAGAGAAAGAUAUCUUCAUCACCCGAGCUGGCCUCAACAGUACCUCAAGAUACUCCGGAAAAUUCAAACAGGAGCCAACUCCAGACAACGUGUGGAGAAACAAGGCGCCACGAGUGAAACUGAGGGAACCCCACGGCAGUCCACGUGGCCACCCGUGUGAGGACAGUCGAGAUCGCCCGACGCCCCAACCUCUUAUCAAGAAAUUGGCGUCUCUCACUAAAAUACUCUCUUGUUUUUCUCUUUCUUGAUCCCGGCCCGAUUUAUCUGCCAGCUUUCCACCCGACCCGGCUUCAGUGCCAUGUUCGCCAUCGCUACUGCUGCUGCUCUUUCACUUCCAAUCUCUCUGUCUUGUUCUUCUAAGCUUAACAACAAAAGGGGCGUCAGAGGUGGCUUUAGAGUAUUUUCUAUAAUUGGCGAUGAUGGUGGGUUGAUAGAAAGAAAAAGUUCAUGGACAACACUUUUUGAUGUAGAAGAUCCGAGAUCUAAAGUCCCCCAAUAUAACGGGAAGUUUCUGGAUGCUUAUCAAGCUUUAGAGGUGGCUCGACACGACAUACAAUACUGUGAUUGGAAGGCGCGACAAGAUGUUCUCACAAUCAUGCUUCUGCAUGAAAAGGUUGUGGACAUCUUAAACCCUCUCGCUCGUGAACUCAAAUCAAUAGGAACGCUUAAAAAGGAACUUGCAGAGUUGCAGGAGGAACUGGCGCAAGCUCACAAUCAGGUACAUAUAUCAGAAGCAAGGGUUUCAACGGCUUUGGACAAGCUAGCUUACAUGGAAACAUUGGUUAACGAUAAGAUAUUACAAGAAAAAAACACAACAGAAUCUGACUUGUCAACCCCUACUCCAAGUACUCCCAGAGAAUGUAGGGACACUGGGAAAAGCAGACAGCAGGGGAGAAGCCUUAAUGUUUCAGGUCCCGACCAGCCUUACAGUGCCCAUUUGAAGAAUUUUUGGUACCCUGUUACUUUCUCUUCAGACCUCAAGGAAGAUACCAUGAUCCCAAUAGACUGCUUUGAGGAACCAUGGGUCCUCUUCCGUGGAAAAGAUGGCAAACCUGGUUGUGUGCAGAAUACUUGUGCUCAUCGAGCCUGCCCUCUUGAUCUGGGUUCGGUUAAUGAGGGGCGUAUUCGGUGCCCAUAUCAUGGAUGGGAGUAUUCAACUAAUGGCAAAUGUGAGAAAAUGCCAUCAACUAGAUUAGUUAAUGUGAAGAUCAAGGCAUUGCCAUGCUUUGAACAAGAAGGAAUGAUAUGGAUUUGGCCAGGGGAUGAUCCACCAACAGCAAAGCUUCCUUCUUUGCUCCCUCCACCGGGAUUUCAGAUUCAUGCUGAGAUUGUGAUGGAACUCCCAGUGGAACAUGGUCUACUGCUGGACAACCUUUUGGAUGUUGCACAUGCUCCUUUUACCCACACUUCCACAUUUGCUAAGGCGUGGAGUGUUCCCAGCUUAGUGAAAGUCUUGACGCCUGCCACUGGUCUGCAAGGAUACUGGGAUCCUUAUCCAAUAGAUAUGGAAUUCCGGCCACCUUGUAUGGUACUUUCCACCAUUGGGAUCUCAAAGCCCGGAAAGUUAGAAGGGCUGAAUACCAGAGAGUGUUCAAAACAUCUUCACCAACUUCAUGUUUGCUUACCAUCAUCAAGACAAAAGACGAGAUUAUUAUACAGGAUGUCCCUUGAUUUUGCUCCAGUAUUAAAACAUAUUCCUUUCAUGCAAUACCUGUGGAGACAUUUUGCUGAAAAAGUUCUGAACGAGGAUUUAGGGGUUGUAGUCGGCCAACAGGAGCGAAUGCUCAAUGGAGCUAACAUAUGGAAUUUGCCGGUGUCUUAUGAUAAGCUGGGAGUUAGAUACAGGUUAUGGAGAGAUUCAGUGGAGCAAGGAUCUAAACAAUUCCCCUUCAGCAAAUCAUCAUAGAACCUGUCUGAAGAAUAGAGUUGGUUGAUACCUUCUUUUGCAAAACACCAGUUGUGCCCCUGACUUUUGCCAAUUGGGGCUCAAGAAGAUUGAUUGAUCAGAAUUCAAAGCAGAUAGUCUCACCAACAACCACCCCACCCCACACCCUUCUUUUUGUGUUCAGAAUAGAAACAAGUAUCCUUCCUGAACACUUCCCACCACAGAACCCCAAGCUGUUACCCUGAGGCAAGCCCACAGGGAUCAUUUCAUCACCAGUUAGUGCUGGUUAUCUUGCCUUGUGGCAGAGAGCCAGAUGAUCAUAUCAUCAUACUUUAUAGUUGAAUGGUUGCCAAUUGAUGGAAAAGCUCCGCCUUACCUGCUAUUGCAAUAAUACUAUCAAGGAGAGACA